UAUCUUGCACUGGAAAUAGCAAAUUCAUAUCUGGUAAUUGCAAAACCAUAACAGAAAUGUUGCACUAGUAUAUCAUUUUCAUUCUUUGAGAAACCCUCGAAACAAAACAUCAAAUUCGCAGGUAAAACACAAUGGAGGACAAACCACCGGCGGGAGCCACGGAGUCGCCGGCAUCAGCUGAGCCGUCUUCGUCCUCACGGCGGCGAGCCGGUGGACAAAAGAGGAAAGCAAACGCGCUUUCGUCAUCAUCAAACUCGUCAUCGACGCCGUCUAAACGGUUAACUAGAGAGAAAGCGGCGAUCUCUCAAAUUUCGAUCCAUAACAGCGGUGGUCCAUUGACGAGAGCUAGGCAGAGCCCUAGCAAUUUUGGAGCUUUACCUGGCGGUGGUUCUGCUGGCGGCGGUGGAAUUAAGGUGGAGGAGAAGGUGGCAGUGGCGCUUACGGCGACGGAGGUGGCGGCAGCGCUGUUGGAGGAGGAGGAAGCUAGUAAAAUUGAGGAGUUGAAGGGAGGGAUAGAAUCGGAAUUUGAGGUUAUUAGAUCUCGUGAUUCUAAUGCUCAUGUUGUGCCUUCUCAUUGUGGCUGGUUUUCAUGGACAAAAGUUCACCCCCUUGAAGAGCGCAUUCUUCCUUCAUUCUUUAAUGGAAAGUCUCAGAUUCGUACACCUGAUACCUACAUGGAGAUACGCAAUUGGAUUGUGAGAAAAUUUCAUUCAAAUCCAAAUGUACAGAUUGAAUUGAAAGACCUGUCAGAGCUCGAGGUUGCUGACAUGGAUUCAAAGCAAGAGGUGCUAGAAUUCUUGGACUAUUGGGGAUUGAUAAAUUUCCACCCAUUCCCACUAACUGAUUCUUCUCCCUCUGCUGAUAGUGAUGGAGUAUCGGUGAAGGAUUCCUUGCUUGAAAAGUUGUUUCGCUUUAAAACCAUUCAACCAUGUAGACCUGUUGUUCCUAAGCCCAAUAAUGUUACUACUCCGGCUUUACCAUCUGGUUUGUUUCCUGAAUCUUCAGUUGCAGAAGAGUUGGUCAGGCCUGAGGGACCAUCUGUUGAGUACCACUGCAAUUCUUGUUCGGCUGAUUGCUCUCGUAAACGCUACCAUUGUCAGACGCAGGCAGAUUAUGACUUAUGUGCUGAUUGCUUUAACAAUGGAAAAUUUGGCUCAGACAUGGCAUCAUCUGAUUUUAUUCUCAUGGAACCCGCUGAGGCUCCUGGCGUAAGUGGUGGGAAGUGGACUGAUCAGGAGACCUUACUUCUCCUUGAAGCAUUGGAACUUUUUAAAGAAAACUGGAACGAGAUUGCAGAGCAUGUUGCAACGAAAACCAAAGCUCAAUGCAUAUUGCACUUUGUUCAAAUGCCAAUUGAGGAUGUCUUUUUUGACUGUGACGAUGAUGUAGAUGAGAAUUCCAAAGAAAUUACAGAUCCACUUGCAGCCAUUGAUGAAACAUCUGCUCCUAAAGAUGGGAUUGAAGCAAGUGAGGAUAAAAUAGAUGGUAAGGAGGAUCAACCUCAGACUUCCUUAAUGGAAGGUGCAAAUGAAACAAAAGAUGGUCAGGAAACUGCAAAACCUGACAAUGCCAGUGAAGCCAUAGUUGGCGAGGGAACUUCAAAUACAAAAGAUACUAGUGGAGUGAAGGAUGCUCCCCUUAUAGUUGAAGAUGUUGCACUUAAAGCUCUUACAGAAGCAUUUGAAAGUGUUGGUUACCUCUCCACACCUGAAAACCGACUUUCGUUUGCUGAGGUUGGAAAUCCUGUCAUGGCUCUGGCAGCAUUUCUGGGAAGAUUAGCAGGAAGGGAAAUUGCUAUAGCAUCAGCCCAAAGCUCUUUGAAAUCCUUAAGCACUGAUUCCCCUAGCCUGCAGCUGGCAGCAAGGCACUGCUUUCUUUUGGAAGAUCCACCAGAUGACCAAAAGGGAUCAGCUGGUAUUGACAGCAGUGCUAUUGAAAUGGCUAAUCAAGAUGCUCCAAAAAACAACCAGGAGGACCAAAGCCAGAGAGGAAAUGAGACUACAUUAAAUGAUCCCAGUAACAAGAACAUUGAAGAUUCCACUGCAGAGGAGAAGCAGCCUCCAGGUUCUUCAAAUAAAGAAUCCUGUGAGAAAGUAAAUACUGCAAAUGAUGCAGUUAAAGUUUCUCAUGAGGAAGUUGAACCUGGUAAACUGAAGGAAUCUAAUGAACUGGAGCUGGAAAAGGAACCCAAAUCGAGUAUUUUAAAAAACUCAAAUAAGAUGUCUUCCAAGUCUGAAUGUCCAACAAGUCCCGUGAAGGAGACAGAAGCAUCCUUAGUGACGCCGCAAUCUCAGCAUCCAGAAAACUCUAAGGAUGUGGAUAUGGUAUCAGAUCUGAAACCUUCUGGCAAGAAUGAGCCUUCUCAACCAGUUGCAUCAUUGUCAGUUGAAGAGUCCCCUCAAGCUGCUAAGGGGCCAAAGGAUGAAGACAUGGUGUUAGAUUCUCUCCCUCCAGAGAACAAGGAGCCACAGCAAAAAGUAAAAUCCAAUUCAUUGGGAGAUCACUCUCUCCCUACAGAGGCACCCAUGGAUGUAGACAUGAUGUCUUCACUGCCUUCAGAAACAAAAGAGCCUCAGCAGCCAGUUGCACCUAACUCAAUGGCUGAAAAUGGAGCAACUACAGCUAAGGUCCAAAAGGACAAUAACACAGAGAAGCCUGAUUGUAAGAGGAUUAAAGAUGACCAUGGCGUGGAUAAGAUAAAGAGAGCUGCCGUUUCUACACUCUCAGCAGCAGCAGUGAAAGCAAAACUUCUUGCUGGCCAGGAGGAAGACCUAAUUCGACAACUUGCUGCAUCAUUGGUCGAAAAGCAGUUGCAUAAGCUGGAAAUGAAGUUGGCUUUCUUUAAUGAAAUGGAUCAUAUAAUUCUAAGGGUCAGGGAGCAACUUGACAGGUCAAGGCAGAGGCUGUACCAUGAGAGAGCGCAGAUAAUUGCAACCCGACUUGGAAUUCCACCUUCCACGUCUCGACCAAUGCCACCAACUUUACCCGCCAAUAGAAUUGCAAUGAAUAUUGCAAACUCAAAUUCCAGACCCCCUAUGAACAUAAAUACCCUGAGGCCACCAAUUUCAAGACCAAUGGGGGCAUUAGGUCCUACCCCUUCUAACCCAUUUGUAUCAACAACAGCAGGAAAUUCAAUUCGGCCUUCUAGCCAGGACAAUCCUUAUUCAGUUGUGACUAAGUAGUAUUUCGUCAAAAGGCAUGUGAAUAGAGAGUUCUAUUGACUUUUGUACACCAUUUACAUCCAUUUGCAAAUUGAUACCUGUAAGGUUCACAAGGCAUGGUUUAUACUCCGGAAGUGGGACCGACCGGCUAUCAUCCAUAGGUCAUAUUUGUGUGUAUAGCUUGCAUCUCAAGUGAACCAUAACUUAUUUAGUCAGAAAGAAAUGUUGUAAACCUUGUUGUAAGUGUGGCCUCAUUAGCAGGAGCGUUAGACCUAGUAAAGUGGGAAGUAGGAGUAAAACUUAACUCACAGCUUGAAUAGUGUUGCUUAAUCUGUAUGAAGUAUUGUUACUGCUCCAAGAUUGUGAGCUGCUAAUGCUGAAUUGCGCUGGCAAAGCCACAUUUGGAUUA